CUCAAGUGUCCAAAAGUAUUGCAGGCGCCCGGUGGGAGAAAGAAGACAGAAGCUAUUUUUUAAAAAUAUCCAGAGCCCUGCUUGCUCCAAUUGUCUAUUUUUGCGAACAGGGGAGGGGGCGAUUGGUCAGAAUUGAAUGAAACACCCGGAGCAUGAGUUUUCACUGUAGGAGUGAGUAUGUGUUCCAGGACUGUUUGCGUCCCCGGACUUGUGCCUUGGACACUUGAGUAUUUUCUGUUUCAGAGGUGGGGGUUCCUACCCUUCCGGUGCUGGCGGGUGUCGGAUGAUGGACGUUAUCGCGGGCCAAUCGGGAGAAAAAAGCCUUUGUGACGAAGUUGUGGGCGGGGUCGCAUCGGAGCCAAUGGGCACGGUGAAAGGAGGCGGGGACAGUCCCUUCCAGCGCCUUGCACUCAAUUCGCUGCAGAAUCUUUUUAUUUUUAUGAAUGAAGCAAUAUCUGCAGCGUGGGCCGAUUUUAGCGGAUGGUUUUAAUGGAAGGGGGAAAAAAAAGAUCUCGUUUAAUAUAUUUAAUAUAUCUCCGCCUGCUUUAAUACUUCCAUUCACUAGCCAUACGCAGGGCGCUGUAUUUUCUGCGGAAACAUGAUUUCUUCAGUGAUUUGUUGCGCGAUCGUUUUUAUGUUUUAGUUUACAGCGUGAAGCCAUUCAUUUUGCUACAAUGCCGAAUGGUUUGUUUCUAAUUGCCACACUCUUCAAAUGGAUACAAUGACUGAGAUUCCUGCGAUUCACUGAGGGAGGGAGAGGCGAGGCGAAUCUACUUCCUCAUUGAAGGAAGAUUUACCAUUCAAAAGGCCCAUGGUUGAUGGAUACAAAUAUGGACUACGAAAGACCAAACGUAGAAACCAUCAAGUGUGUGGUCGUGGGUGACAACGCAGUAGGAAAGACCAGGCUUAUCUGUGCGAGAGCAUGCAAUGCUACCCUAACACAAUACCAGCUACUGGCCACUCAUGUACCAACAGUCUGGGCCAUUGACCAAUAUCGUGUGUGCCAAGAGGUUCUGGAGCGUUCACGCGAUGUAGUCGAUGACGUCAGUGUAUCUUUGCGGCUCUGGGAUACAUUCGGUGAUCAUCACAAGGACAGACGGUUUGCCUAUGGCAGGUCUGAUGUGGUUGUGCUUUGUUUCUCCAUUGCUAACCCCAACUCACUGCACCAUGUAAAGACCAUGUGGUACCAAGAGAUUAAACAUUUCUGCCCACGGGCACCUGUCAUUUUGGUUGGCUGUCAGCUGGACUUGCGGUACACUGACUUGGAAGCAGUUAAUCGUGCGCGAAGGCCUCUUGCAAGGCCAAUAAAGCACAAUGAGAUUUUGCCUCCUGAAAAGGGCCGCGAGGUAGCCAAAGAACUGGGUAUCCCCUAUUACGAAACCAGUGUGGUGGCCCAAUUUGGCAUUAAGGACGUCUUUGAUAACGCCAUCAGAGCUGCCUUGAUUUCCAGGCGGCACCUCCAGUUCUGGAAGUCACACCUGAGGAAUGUUCAGAAGCCUUUACUCCAGGCCCCAUUCCUGCCCCCCAAACCACCUCCCCCCAUCAUCACUGUCCCAGAUCCCCCCAAAACCAAUGAAGAGCAUCCUGCCCACUUGUUGGCAAAUCCCCUUUGUGCAGACGUCAUCCUAGUGCUUCAGGACAAAAUUAAAAUCUAUGCUCACAAGAUUUAUUUGUCUACCUCCUCCUCUAAAUUUUAUGACUUGUUUCUAAUGGACCUCAGUGAGGAACCAGAGUCUGGUGGCACACGAGCAAUGAGCCACAAUGACAAGCAGGGCAGGGAAUAUUUAAUGAGAGCUGCAAGUUUUGACGUCAGUGAAAGCACGGAUGAAGUUCCAACCACCCAACCAUUAUCCAACCUUAGAGCCUCCACAAGUGAUGGUAUCUUGAAACUUAAUGCCUCUGAUAGUAGUGCAAGAGCAAAGGCUUGGUUCAAAAGAGGGAAGAUUUUGUCGUUGUGGAGCAGAGCUUUCAUCAGUAUCCAGGAAGAGAUGGCGGAAGAUCCCAUCACAUUUAACAGUCGGCUGAUGACUGUCGUCAGGAUGGACUACUCAGUUCAUCCUGAUGCGUUCAGCGCAGUCAUGCGUUACUUGUACACUGGCCAGCUGGAUGAGAAUGAGAAGGAGCUGAUGCAGAUAGCCCACAUCGCAGAGCUGCUGGAGGUUUUUGACUUGCGUAUGAUGGUGGCCAAUAUUUUGAACAACGAGGCCUUCAUGAACCAAGAGAUUACAAAAGCGUUCCAUGUGAGGAGGGCAAAUCGUGUAAAAGAAUGCCUUGCCAAAGGGACUUUCUCAGAUGUGGUCUUCAAGCUGGAUGAUGGGACAAUCUGCGCGCAUAAACCCUUGCUAAUCUCCAGCUGUGACUGGAUGGCUGCAAUGUUCGGAGGUCCAUUUGUGGAGAGUUCAACCAAAGAGGUGUACUUUCCAAACACAUAUAAGAGCUGUAUGCAAGCCGUGCUGGAAUACCUGUACACAGGACAGUUCUGUUCUAGCCCAGACCUGGAUUCCAUGGAACUCAUAGUGCUGGCAAACCGCCUCUGCCUACCCCACCUGGUAGCAUUAACAGAACAGUACACGGUAAUGGGGCUGAUUGAAGCAACACACCUGGGCGUAGACAUAGAUGGAGAUGUUCUCCUGUUACUGGAGAUGGCUCAGUUCCACUGUGCCCAUCAACUAUCUGAAUGGUGCCUGCAUCACAUCUGUACAAACUACAACAACGUAUGUCGCAAGUUUCCCAGGGAAAUGAAGGCAAAGUCUCCUGAAAACCAGGACUAUUUUGAAAAGCACCGCUGGCCUCCUGUCUGGUUCCUGAAAGAAGAUGACCAUUACCAGCGAGCCAGGAAAGAACGUGAUAAAGAGGACUACUUGUGUCAGAAACGCCAGCUGAAGCGCAAGUGGUUUUUCUGGAAUUCAAGCUCACCAUCUACAGCCUCGUCCUCCUCAACUGUAGUUUGAAAGUGUGGCUUCCAUUGAAGGACCCUUUUUUUCAACUAACCGUUAACCCAGCGCACGACAAUUUGAAGGCAUUAGUCCCAGUUGACUAAAUCUAUACUGGGUUUUAACAACCAGUGAGUGGGCCAGAGUGGCGUGGAGCGGCUAAACCGUGACAGCCAAAGUGAGUUUUCAUUUUCAGGUGACCAGUGCCAACUUCUCUCUCUCUCUCUCUCUUGCACGCACAUAAAAAAAUACAGGUGAGGCAUUAAUAAGCCUGAGCUGCUGACACACCCCCAUGACAAUUGGCCAGAGCGAAUGUGGGUGAGAAUGGUGACACUGAACCCUCUGCGAAAUCGAUCAGAUUAGAACUGCAGCAAACUGGUGGGAGAUGUUAGGUCAUGAUCGGCAACUUGUGUUAAUCCUGGUUGCUGACAGGCGUUUGUCCAGUACGGAUCAGCAAAGCAUGAUACUCCUUGCAUGGAUUCUGCUGAGGCAGUUUGAAUAAAAACUGGUAUAUUCUAGGACUCAUAUUUGGGCAUGGACUGGAUGGCCCAUAUCGUUCAUACCUACAGCUAAUACCUAUUGUUUAAAAAGAAGAAAUCAGGGUUUCAUUCAAUGGAAAUUUAGAAACAAAUUAUUUAUUUUCCUCCCAAAUAUCAAUAUGUUAUCUGAGUUUGAUUAGUUGACUUGGAAAGCAAUUCCUGAAUUUGGAAUUUAUACUUUGCACACUGAACUUCAGUACAAAAUGUACAUAUUUUGUAUUUAAAAAAAAAUCGAAGAGAACAUGAGCUGGAAGUUUAUCGGUACAUACAUAGGUCUUGAUCAGGAGCAAGGUGAUUCCUUUUCUACAUAACAUGGAAGAUGCAGUAUUGUAAAAUAGUACAUGAGCAAAUAGCACUUGCACAUCAAGAGGAGGUGGUGUGAGCUAUAGGCGUAGAAUUUUUUUCCUCGCAGCACUGAGGAGGUUUUCAAUUUUAGCAUAUGCAACGAUUUUUGCAGGUGAUUUUUCAAAUUGUGAUAUUUAACUAAAAAUACAAAUUGCAGGUCUCUGAGUGCUGCAUUUCUGACCGAACUGCACUGACAGCAACAGGACAGGACAACCUGGGGAGAGACUGACUCCAGGGUCAUUGUCACGACAGAAAAAAAGGCAUCCGCAGAUAUUUUUCAUGCAACUGUUCAUGCAGUCACAUGCAUCAAACUUUGCUUCAUGAACUGUAUCAAGGAUGUUCCCCAGAGCCAGGCGAUUGGGAAUCGAAUGGAAUCUGGGAUAAGUUAAUUUUCUCCAGCCUUUGAUGGGAAAAAUUAUUUAACCAUAAUUACAGGGCUGGGACAUUUUAAAUUGAAGCUUGAGUAUGGCAUAUGUACGAGCUUACAAGCAAAGAAAUAGGUGGCUGUAGAUAGCUCAGCAUGAUGUGCCCAUGUGCCACUUGAUUGGCCCCUGUGCAUGCCUGGGGCCAUGUGCUUGCACGGUGGGUAAUGCAUCGGUGCUGGGAGCCUCUAGGAAGUAUGAGAUUGUUCCUAAAGGCUAAUGCAACAAAAUGGAAUGUAACAGAUCAAUCCAAAACAAGGCAAGUGUAAAUAAGCAUGGUUUGAGUCAUUAGUUGAUGAGAAGGCAGUUGGGGCAGUUUGUUCACAGCCGUACCUAGUUAGGUGUCACUUGCAUGUGGUGACAGUCAGGUGCCAGUUAAAGUGCCUCCGGCAACUCGUGAAAUAGUUGCGCAAGGCUAGAACUCCCAACAAACCUGGUUGUGAUUUGUUGUAACUUUACCAAUAACGGGACUUCUGAGAUUCAUCUGAGAUGAGUGGAAAAUAUCAAAUUGAUGUUGCUGCGCUGUGAAUCCUUUAGGUGGAAUGUUCAGUCCGUUAAACUUAUUCAUUGUAGGAAUCUGAAGUUGUGCAGUCUUUUUCAGGGGAAUUAAAUGUUUACCUUAGUUUGUUGCCUUUUGAAUUCAACGUGAGAUUUUUUUUUUAAAAAGGGAAAUAGGGAGUUAUAUCUUGAGUAGUUGUUGAACAGAAAUUGAUUGAGUUGAAGAGUAAAGUGGAUGUGAAAAUAUUUUAAAUGUUGUCAUUCGAUAAAGUUUUCUCUCUUGGAUGUAGAGCUCCUUGUGGAAUUCCUGUGUAAACGUGGAUCAGAACUACUCUCAACCUUAAAGAAAUAGAGGCUUGUGAACUGUGUUGUGGAAUGUGCCAAUUUGUGGUCUACACGUUGCUCUGAGCCUAUGCUGUUCGAGUUGUGGAGCAUUUGUAGCAUGUUGCUACAAGUCAAACUACAUCUUGAUAACUGUUUGGGCAAAAAAGAAGCCUAUGCCGAUUGAGCAGAAUUGUGAUUGCAAUGGGAACUCCACAUGAACAAUGCAAUGGGAAGCACCAUCAUGAGAUUACUGUGCAGCUUACACAUGUGAUUUAUUGUUGUGUUCAGUGCGGUGUGUGUGUGUGUGUGUGCAAAUCACUGAAAUCCAAAUGAAAAGGCUGCAGUUACGUGAUGGAGUUGGAUCACUGGUCAACUUGUUUGCCUUAUUGACAGUGCCCCUUUAUAGUGCUGUUCUUCUUGGGUGGAGUGUGUCUGGGCCUGGGAAAUGUCAGUGAAACAGAAAGUUCUGGAAACAAAGAAAAACAGGCUGGCUACGGGCUUUGCAAGGAGACCCCUUAGUUAGAAAUAGUGAUAGAUCGCUAACCAGAGGACUCAGAUUUCAGGUAAUUUGUAAAGGCUCAGCGGGGAGAUGAGGAGAAGCUUUUUAUGGAAUGAGGUGUGAUCUGAAAAGCACUGCCUGAAAGGUGAGUGGAAGCAGAUUGACGAAUAACUUUCAAAUGGGAAUUGGGGAUAGCUAUUUGAAAAAGCAACAUUUGCAAGGCUAUGGGAGGAGAGCAGGGCUGGCACAGACAUGAUGGUCCAAAUGGCCUUUUCCAAUGCUGUAAGAUCCUUUUAGGCAGGACAACAUACUUACAGGUUAAAUAGAGUACAGAGGAGAUAGGUGCCGAGGCAGCUCAUGGCGUUCACAGCCUGCAAUGCAUUUUCAGAAGCUGGAGGGAGAUAAAACUGUUUGAGAGACUUGUGAAGGCCAGGCUGCAAAGAAAUAGACAUCGAAAGAGAUAAGGCAAGUAAAAACAGCGCCACAAUGGAAUAUUAACUGGAAGACGAGAGGAGAGACCGAAUGAGUCUGAAGACGAUUGUGGUGGACAGGGAAAACUGAUGACCUUGGACAGAAUGAGAAAGGAUGCAUGAACUGGUACUUGAGGUGCAAAACUGCUGCUUGCAGAUACCCAGGAUUUGUCAGCAUGGGCAAUCUGAAGAAUUCUUUCUGAGCCAGAGAUCAGUAUUGCAAGUGGUCCAAGGUCCAACUGACAUUCAGACUAUGCGUGCUUUCUGUAGAAUAGUUUGCUUUCAGUAGCUCGUCAGGGCCCUAUCUGAUCCUGUGAACCUCUAGCUUUACCCCUUCAAUGCAUAAGUCCCAACUUGCAAACUUAUAUAGAAAAUGGGAUGCAGAAACAUUUAGCUCAGCACAUUCAUGAUGGCAUUUCAAAGAACACCUCCUGUCAGAGUAAAAGCAUCACGAUUUAUGAAUUGUUACAGCAGUGGAACUUUUUAAAGUUCUGAAUUCUUGGAACAGAUUUCCAAACCUGCUGUAAGGUCCUUUCAUAUAUCACAAAUUGCAAUACACCACACGCACGAGCUAACACAUAUCAGCUUGAUAUCUCGCGAUGUCGAAAUGGGGUACAAUUUUAACCUAACCCGCCGAGAGAUUGACAGGAUCAGGUGCACCGCUGGUUUAUUUCACUCCACAUUGAAGUCAGUGAAGAGUGAUCCUGGGAUUUCAUCUGAUCCCAUGGGUUUCCUCCACGGCAGUUUAGUUAAAAUUACCUCCCACAAACUUUUUCCAUUUUGGUCACGUAACAACUGGAGCAGUUGCUUACCAUGUUGUCACCUACCCAUGCAAAAAUAACAACCUACCUUGAAUAUUGCUCACAUAUCUCACCACAACACUGUGCAUGGUGAUAAAUCACACCUUCUAGGAACUUCGGGAUGGCUGUUGACCAUACAGCCCCUCAGCGACUGGUCCAUUAUUCAGAUGGCUGAACUGCAUCUGAACUCCAUCUAUCUAUUUUGCUUCCAUCACCCUCAAUAUCAUUGCCUCACAAAAAACUGUCAAUCUCAAUUUUGACACUUCCAAUUGACUCCCUCCCCCAGCGCCAACAGCAUUUGACGGGAGAGAGAUUCAUCUUUUCACUGUCAUUGGUCUGAUGGGAAUGCUUCCUGAUGCCGCCUCUUGCAAUGAAUCCCUCACGACCAAAGAACCACUUCUCUUUCGCGGGCCAGCAUACCCUGAACUCCACGAACUUCAGUCCCAGGUUGAGGCCUUGCCUUUUACUAAAAAUACAGCUCACACCGUAACACACUCAACAGGGCAGAUUUUUACCUCGCUGGGUGGGUUGUGACAGGCGGGCCCAGGAGCGGCUGCAAAAUUGACCACCGCCCGCGACCAGGCCCCGACCACGACUUCACGCUGGCUGGCCGAUGAGCGGCCAGCCAGUGUGUGAAUCGUGCACUGCAAGGCUCAAAGCUGCCUGGGUGGCGGAGGGGAGGAGGGUGAACACGGAAGUCUGCGCAAGCGCGCUCACAGAAAGCUCCCUGAAGGCACAAA